AUGGAUUCUGUCGAGGAUACGCCCGCAAAGAGGAGGAAGUUGGCCAAGGGCGACGCCUCAAGGAGUCAAACAUACGACUCUCAAAACGACAGUGGCGAUGAUAUCUUCGCGGACUACGAGACAGUCGCCACGGUCCCUUUAGCAGCAAAGCCCAUUCCCACCUCACAAAAUACAGCCGACAUAAUCUCUUUGCCCCCCAUGUACGUCACACAGCCGACGCAGAUAGUCCGCAAAGCUACCCCUGUGCAAGAAAGCAAUGGCCGGAAGCCUUCCAUUGUUCAGGUGGCAGCUUCUUCGCCCGCACGAAAUAUAUCUCCCAGUCCUGCUACAAGCAAACAUUUUGCACGGGGGAGACUUGCGAGUAGUAUGGCACCCGCUGGAACCGCAUUUCAACCUCCGAAGGGUGUAACAAAAGCUCCUGCGGCCACUAUCGUGGACAUUAGCGACGAUGAGCCUUUUCUCCGAGGCGCCUCAUCUGACGACGAGUCAGAGUCAAGACGCAGAGGAGAUAUCAAGCCUUCCACCUUCACGCAUUCGGGCCAAAAACAUGGCUCAAAGGCUACGAAGCCUGGCGGUAGCUUCAAGGAUAUUUUGUCGAACUCCUUCUACAAACCUCUCGAAAGUACCGAAAAGCCUAAUUCUCAAGGGUCAACGCUUUCAGGGUCAGUGUAUGAUCAGCGAAAUCGAAAUGAAAAACAGACUACGUCUCGUAUCGGCACUUCCUUGAAACGAUCGGCCGACAUCAUGGCAAAUGCGUAUGGGGCCACCAGUAGAGCACCCAAGCAAGUCAAACAGACAGGUCCGGCAAAGGCUCUGCCAGCCACCGAACUCGACAUUGAUGACAUAGAGGACUAUCAAUUGCGAUCUAAGAUUAGUCGUAUGCGGCAAAUUCUUCCUCACCAUGGGGUACGGGCGUGCAAAGGUGCGUUGGAGCGAAAAAAGUACAAUUUUGAUGAUGCUAUGGAACUUCUAGCAUCUCAAGAGACUCGUACGACGCAAAUUUAUCAUGCAAGCUCAGAUGGCGAAGAUCCACUAUCCAGUCAAGUAGCUCCAAAAAAAGCUCCGGCCAAGCAACAAAUCAAGGCCCCAAAUCUGAAAAUUCAAGAUAAAUGGACCGCUACACAAGCACGCAGUAUUCAAGAUUCCCCUCCCCUCAUAGCUACCUCACCUACCGCUAUUACACCAAAGCCUAGACGACGGCUUGUCCAGGGUCGAAAACAGCAGUCAUCCCCGGUCGCAGUACUAAAGCAGCCGUCUCCUGUUUCGUCCUCAAGAAAUGCUACACCCGAUCCAGAUGACUCCGAUUCAGGUGUGGGAACCGGCAUUGAUUCUGAGCUGGAUCACAGGGUUCUCAAUUUCUUUAAUACAUGUUUGAUUCCCGAUCUCGUUGAUCUAGCUGGUGUUACAUCAGACGUUGCAUCUGUACUCCUAUCUCAGAGGCCCUUUGAGUCGUUGGACGAUAUUCGUCAAGUGUCAAGUGAUAUUCCAGGGAAAACAAAGACCAAGAGAAAGACGGCACGCAAACCAUUUGGGGACAAGAUCGUUGACAAAUGCUUGAACAUGUGGACAGGCUACGAGGCUAUCGAUGAGCUUGUCAAACGAUGCGAGGAGUUGGCAAAGCCGGUGAAAGAAGACAUGAAAGGCUGGGGUGUCAAUGUAUUUGGUGCAGCAACGGAGGGUGAACUUGAGAUCGUCAGCUUUGAGCCGGAUAUUUCUCCUCGAGACUCUGCUAUCGGCACGCCGAACAGCAUCGUAGUUUCGGAUGAAGAAGGGGAUUUUAGAAAGACUCGAAGGAAUGCGUUCUUUCCACAGCCUUCGAUUAUGGCAAAAGGUAUACAGCUUAAGGAUUAUCAGGUGGUGGGAGUCAAUUGGCUUUCUCUGUUGUUCGAGCGGAAACUAUCCUGUAUUCUGGCCGAUGAUAUGGGGCUGGGGAAAACAUGUCAAGUGGUAGCUUUCCUUGCUCAUUUGCUUGAGAAGGGGAUCAAGGGCCCUCAUUUGGUCGUUGUUCCGGGCUCUACACUGGAGAAUUGGUUACGAGAGUUCUCGGUGUUUUGCCCUAAGCUCCAUGUCAUGCCAUACUACGCCGGCCAGAAUGAGCGACCCGGGAUUCAGACCCAAAUCUUGGACAAUUUAGACACUCUCAAUAUCGUCGUCACGACAUACACAUUAGCCAAGACAAAGGACGAUAACAAAUUCCUCCGGAAGCUGAAACCUGUAGUCUGCGUAUACGAUGAGGGUCAUCUUCUGAAGAACAGCAAAUCGGCGGGCUAUGAAGCCCUUAUGAGGAUUCCAACACACUUCCGUUUGCUUCUGACAGGGACACCUUUACAAAACAAUCUCCGGGAGCUUGCCUCCCUGCUGGGGUUCAUUCUGCCUUCAGUCUUCAGCGAGCAUCAUGAGGAUCUUGAAGCCAUAUUUAGUCAUAAAGCCAAGACCACUGACGAUUCCCACGCGGCAUUACUAUCAAACCAACGCAUCGCUCGGGCGAAGUCCAUGAUGACGCCGUUUGUGUUAAGGCGGAAAAAGCACCAGGUCUUGAAGCAUCUUCCGGCGAAAACCCGAAGGGUCGAGUAUUGCGAACUGUCCAAAUCCCAAUCUGAGACAUAUGCGAUGGAAAAGGCUCGAGCACUUCGGGUCGUCACAGCGAGGGCCGCUGGUGAAAAAACUGGUAACGAGACCGCUAACAUCAUGAUGGCUCUUCGAAAAGCCUCCAUUCACCCAUUACUGUUUCGUCGGCUCUACGACGAUAGUAUUAUUGCAAAGAUGUCCAAAGCAUGUCUAGGAGAGCAGGAGUACGAGCAUUCCAACGUUGAAUUUGUUUACGAAGACAUGGAAGUCAUGACGGACAUGGAACUUCACCGAUUUUGUGAGCAUCAUCCCCGGACUAUGACCAGAUUCCUUCUUCAAGACAAUCCAUGGAUGGAUUCCGGGAAGGUCAGCAAGCUGGCUUCACUCCUCCGAACAUUUAAACAGAAUGGAGACAGGGUCCUCGUUUUCUCACAGUUUGUCAUGGUCUUGGAUAUCCUCGAAGCCGUCAUGGAAACCUUGGCAAUGCAAUUCUUCCGACUUGACGGGUCAACUCCCAUGGAACAACGUCAAGACAUGAUCGAUCAAUUCCACGAAGAGGAAGACAUUACGGUUUUUCUCCUUUCAACAGGCGCGGGAGGCGCAGGUAUCAACCUUGCUUGUGCCAAUAAAGUCGUCAUAUUCGACUCAUCAUUUAACCCUCAAAGUGAUCAGCAAGCGGAGAACAGAGCCCAUCGUGUCGGCCAAACUAGGGAAGUCGAGGUAGUUAGACUGGUGACAAAGAAUACGAUCGAGGAACAGAUCCAUGCUUUAGGCGAAACGAAAUUGGCUCUUGAUGAUCGUGUGGCUGGAGUCGUUGCCGACGAAGUGGAUGGCAAGAAAGCCGGGAUCGCCGCCGAGAAGCAAGGAGCAAAGAUAGUGGAGGAGAUGAUGUUAGGAAAAAUGGAAGAGGAGUUGAAGGUCGGGGGCGAGACGUUGGAUAUCUGA